CUGCUAUCACCAAAGCCACGAGUCUGAGCCCACUUUCAGGCCACCUGGAUAACCUCUCUGCCAUGUCUCCUCUACGGCCCCUCUUGCUCUUAGUGCUGCUGGUUCUAGGGACCCAGAUUUCUUAUGCUCAACACUGGUCCCAUGGCUGGUAUCCUGGGGGAAAGAGGGACUUAGAUGGGAUCCCAGGCCUAGAGCCUUCUGAAGAAGGGAAACCGUGGGAUGGUGGUGAGAUGUCCCUGCUGAAGACGCUGCUGACUGAAGUUCUGGCCCAGCAACAACAGAAGAAGUGACUGGGCCCAACACCCUUCCCCCACGGUGUCAGCAGACACCUUGCUCUCAGCUCCUGGGACUUCUCACUGACCUUUCCUUGUUUAUUAUCGAUGUCUAUCCUCUCUCCUAGUAAGCCCCGGAAGAUGGGGUUUGCCGGGUCAAACUUAGCAGCCCCAGGGCAUUGCUCCAAGUAGGUAAUUAAUAAAUGUGUUCCGUUAUCCAUA